AGCACGCAGUCAUCUUGGCACAGGGCCCAGCGUAGAGGCUCGCGCGCAACGCUCCCUCAGCAGGGCAAUCGCCACCACCCGAACAAGCGAUGGUCCGCCCAGUGGUCUACGCCCCGACCAAGGCUUUCAAGCUGUCAGAUGCGGAGACGGCCAAGUACAAGGAGAUCAACGCGACCGUGGCUGGGAAGAAGGACUCGGACCCGAAGGCCGCGCUGGCCAAGAUCGAGGCGGCGCUCGCGCUGGUUAAUGCCGCGGAGGCGGCGGCCGACGACACUGUGUCCACCUCCGACGCGGCCUUCGUGGGCAUCGUUCUGGGUGGCGCCAACAGUGGCGAGGCUGUGAGCGGCGGCGACCUGGCUGUGGACACCGAGGACGUGACUGUGGAGGAGCCAAGGGUGAUCGCCGAGGAGGACGAGGAGGGGGAGGACGAGCGCUCUCUGUGGGGCGACGGUGAGGACGACCCGAACGAGGAGAAGGACGAGUGAGCGGGCCCGUCAUCCGUGGAAGCCCGUGAGCGUGCUGCGCGACAGCGGCUUAAAUGACGGUGGCAUCGUGACCGUGACAGGCAUUGGCAGCAGCAGCAGCAGCAGCAGAAACAGCAGCAUAAGCAGCAGUAGCAGAGGCGGCGGCAUGCAAUUCACAAGCGUCGGCAAUGUCGCCAUAAUCAUGCACCUGAUCUGUACUUCGCGCCUUGGGCUCCAUCCGUUCUCGCUUGCCUGCUUCUGGGGCCUGUGCUGUACCGAUAUCGUUCGGUGCCGAAUGGCCCGAUGAGGUUUACCGAGUACAUGUUUGUUUGUGGUGCUUGGAUGUGACAAGUACUAUUUCCGCCCUACGCUAUGCCACUCAUACUGUGGCGUGCCAGUUGAACGUGGCACAACGCCUGGAUUUCAUGUAGCCGUAAGGCUCCCACGGUGCCAUCCAAGAGCGGGUAAUCGCGUAUUCGCAGUAAUCCUCGCGUGUACGAGGAUGCUCGUAAGCUUGCCUUGGUGGGCACUUGCAGACUGAAAGUGAUGACCCUUCCAUGCAGUUUGCGGGGUGCCGCGCUUUGUCCAGGAGGCCAUAGCUGAGAGUAUGAACAGGGCCGA